AUGUUCUCCGAAAGUCAAUCUCGUUCAGAAAAUAAUUUCAUCGUGCGUUAUUUUGAUGUUUCAUUAGUUGCUGAAAUGAAGAUAAAACCAAUAUUUUUAGGUCAUAGAUUGAACUUUGCAUUGCAAUUUUGUUUAUCAAAAAUAUUUUACAAUGAAGAAUGGUGAAGUGAGAUUUAUUAAGGAUACUAUUUGUGACAGAUGUUUUGCCGGUUAGGGCUAUGGCUAGAUCUUUUUGGAUUUUUUCUAAAAGAGUAUAAGUAGAAAUUGUGUUUUUAAUUGGUCUUGAUUAUUAUUCUUAACAAUAUGAAAGUAAAUAGACGUGUUAAAAAUCCAAACGGAUCGGAUAAAACGACGCCAUCCAGUAGUAAGAGAGAUAAUAAAGGCAGUAAAAUUGAGUUAGAUGAUUCAACUGAACAAUCAACUUCUAAUUGGAUUCGUUUUAUAAUUAUAAUCAUUCUUGGAUUGGUGUUUUCCAUUUUAAACCGCUACCAUGUUGCAACCGUUUUUGAAAAUUCUCGACACUUUUCUCACCUUUCAAAUUUGGAGCGGGAGAUGUCCUUUCGCAGCGAAAUGGGCAUGUACUACUCAUACUACAAGAGGCUGGUGGAAUCGCCGUCAUUUUUUGAAGGGUUGUAUGAUAUCACCCAUGAUAAUCUGACCGAAUAUCCUUCGAAAAUCAACACAUUAGAACGCUUCAAUCUACUCCCUGAGGUGCUGAUAAGUGGUCUGUACAGAGUGUACAGUAGUCUCACAGCUCACUUGGAGAUCUCCACCAAAGAGUGUUGGCAGGUAGAGAGGGGCUCAGGGCUGGCCCCGAUCAUCAGUUGUGUGGGUACUGGUGAUCCCGUCUAUUUCUAUCUGGAAGUGGCUUGGGUCUGUGCUAGCUUCACCACUUGGCUUAUCUUCGUCUAUGCAUUUGUACUUAGUGAUUCUAUCUCUGGUGCAGCUUUUGCUGUGUUGGCAUUUUUCUGUAAUCAUGGAGAAAGUACAAGAGUCCAGUGGGCGCCUCCGUUGAGAGAAACAUUUGCAUAUCCUUUUGUACUUACACAAAUGUUAUUAGUUGCCAUCAUUCUACGUCAAACAAAACAUAUCAACGAAGAGAACAUUUCCUUCAAAAAUUCGGUGCUGAUUGUAUCGUUAUCAAUCAGCACUUGUGUGUGCUUGGUGCUUUGGCAGUUCUCUCAGUUCGUACUUGCCACACAAACAUUGGCUGUUCUGAUCAUGUGCAAUUUGACGGUAAUUAGCAAAGAGGCAGCUUUGAUUAUCGUACUCGGACAGAUGUUGGGAGUAGUACAAUCUCUGGCAGCAAUGUUUGGCAAUGAACUGCUGCUGACUUCUAUCUUCACCUGCCUUCUACUCUCAUCGAUUUCAACGUUGAUUUUCGUCAGCCCAGUUGUUGAAAAGCGAUGGAAUUUCAUUGCUCGCGGUGCAUUCGUGAUGUCUUUUGUAACAUUCCUCACACUUGUCCUAAAAACAAGAGUUUUCACCGCUAACCAAGAUUCUCAUAUUGUGAAUAUCCUCAAAUCGAAGCUAACAAAUUUCAAAGACUUUCAUUCGUUGCUGUACGUUUGCGCACCUGAAUUCGACUUUCUCGGCUGGGAAGCAGUGCUGAAUCUGACCACCACUUGGCUCCUACCCACUUGCAUUAUUGUGGUCGGAUUUGUGAUAGCUCAUUGGCUACCCUUAUUGGAGUUCAAAAGCAAGGCACAUUUCAGACCAUUGAAAAAUUUGGAGCCAGACGUAGUUUACACAUUUCUGCAAUGUGGUAUGUUUGCAGUUAUGGCAGGCAUGGUAAUGCGAUUGAAGCUAUUCUUGACGCCGCAUAUGUGCAUUGUUGGCGCACUUAUUAGAUCACAGAAGUAUUUCAAGAGCCGGAUAGGGACAAUCGCCCAUUGGGGCUUAUUUACAAUUAUUGUUGGAGGAAUGUGUGCGAAAGGAUAUUCCAAUAUAAUGACUCAGAGAAAUGUUGAAGGCGAAUACAGUAAUAUUCACCUGGAAGAACUGCUGAUGUGGAUUGAGAGUAGUACUGAGCGAAGUGCUGUGUUUGGAGGCACCAUGCCAAUCAUGGCUUCAGUGCUGCUGUCAACUCAGAGGCCGAUUGUCAACCAUCCGCACUAUGAAGACGCCAAGUUGAGAGAGAGGACUAAGAAGGUUUAUUCGAUAUACAGUCGUAAACCACCAGAAGAAGUGUUCAAGAUGUUAUCUUUACUCGGUGUAGAAUAUGUAGUCCUAUCACGUUCAUGGUGUUAUCGAGAAAGCAGCUCGGGAUGCAAGAUGUCAGACUUGUGGGAUGUCGAGGAUCCUAUUAAUGAGGGCAAACCGGAAGUUUGUAAACAGCUGAUAGCUAAUACACCACUUCCAUUUGUGCGGGAAUUCAGCAACCAGGAAUACACGGUUCUGCGACUUCCGACGCCCUACGUUGAGCUGACAGGUGUCAAACAAGUUGCAAUCUAACAUUUCCAACAAAGACAUUCUCAAAAACUUGUAAACGACAUUUUCGAGCCGGCUUCCCAUUCGUCGGAUCUCCAGUCACUGGUUGUACAUUUAUCGCCUAUUGCAUGCAAAUGAAUGUAUUUCUCUUUCACUCCUAAUUCAAGGUUAGUUCGGAUUAUUGCUCUCUAUUCAACGUAUUAUUAUCUUAAUGCCCCUUUCUUGUCUGAUCUAACAACAUUCUUAUGUGAUGAUUACAUAUCCGCCAUCUUCUAUCUGUAAAUGCUCUCUUAUGUUCCUAGAUUAUGGCACGAUUGCUGAUAAAUUUAACCACGGUCAAAUGACGUCAUCGUAUUGUCGACCGAUUCGUUCAUUGGUUUUCUUGACAUUGGUUACAUUAGAUUACGUCAUAUAACUGUGGUUAAAUUUAAUAAACGUACUUGCAACUGGAAGUACGUCUUUUUGACUUUAUGUGGGUGUGAUAGGCCCAAUUCACACUGAAGUGACGUGGUGGUGUCGUGGUGCUGGCAUGGCACUGAC